AUGAAACGGUGUUCUAGCCAGUGUGAAACUCAAUACACAUCACGAUCUGAUGGUGAUGAUGAUGAUGAUGGUAGUACUAGCCAAGGUAGCCAAGAUGAAGGGACAUACAAUUGUUACGAAGUGCUUUAUGGAAAAAUAUCCUCAAGAAUUCAUAAAAGAUGGCAGGGUGAUGGGUUGUUAUACUGUCAGAAACGUUCAGUUAUAUUGCGAACGGAGAACGGUGAAGAAGUUGCAAGAGCAAGUGGUUAUUCAAUAAAACAAUUGGGCGAGUUGAAGAAGGGCAGUCGUCUGAAAAUUAAUAAUUAUGAAUUGGAGGUGCAAGCUGAGAUAAAUUCACGGCAGCCCGCUGAAAACACUGAAGAGCAACUAGCAGUUGCUGAACUGAGAAGCACUGGAGUAGAUGGCCACAAUCCAAAAAAACGGAGAGGAAUUACCGGUCAGAAUUUCAUUUCGCCACUGUUUGGUCGCGAUGAUCCUUUGGAUUUUGUGUUGGAUGAGACAAAAAAUGAUGAUGGUUCUGUACGACGAAUCGCUGUGGAUGUGGGAAUUGCUCGUUACCUGAGGCCACAUCAAAAGGAUGGAAUCGCUUUUAUAUACAAAUGUUUAAAGGUUUCUCUCUAAAUAAAACCCCUUCAAAAUAUUAGUUUUAAUUAUAUCUGUUUUCAUGGUUCUCAUGGGGGAGUUAUUCUUGCUGAUGAGAUGGGUUUGGGCAAAAGUGUACAAACCAUUUCGCUGAUAAUCGCUUUAAUCAAAAAACGACUAAAUCAAAAGCCGAUAAUUCGGAGAUGUGUCAUCGUAGUACCGACAUCACUGCUAAAUAAUUGGUACGCAGAAUUUAUGAAAUGGUCGCCGCAGACACAGGCAAUGCUAUUUCGGGUUUUGAAGUCAACAGAUGUAGAAAAGUUGAUUUCAUAUCGGAACUUAUCAGUAAUUGCGAUCGUUAGUUAUGAUACGAUUGUACGUUCCGCUGCGAAAUUAUCGGGUGUUUCGAUUGAUCUACUAGUGUGCGACGAAGCACAUAGACUUAAAAAUUUAAACGGAAGACUCCGAGAACAGCUCCAAACUUUGCAUGCCCAACGACGUUUGUUGCUGACAGGAACGCCAAUGCAAAAUGAUCUGGAAGAAUUCUAUUCACUGGUUAACUUUGCACGACCGGAUCUUUUUAACGCUUUUUCGGAAUUCAAAUAUCUUUGUGAAAUGGAGCCAACGUAUUUCAACGAAUUGCUCGCCGAGGUGAUGCUUCGCCGAACAGCUGAAGUGAUCCAUGAGUGGCUACCACCGAAAAAUGAUUACAUAAUUUGGUGUCGACCGUCACCGUUACAAUGCUUGAUAUACAAACGCUUGAAAAAAUUCCUUUCGUAUGAUCACUUGACUUUAAUUGAUGCCUUGCGAAAGCUGUGUAAUCAUCCAUCCAUUCUCUAUCAGAGUAUUGUAAGGAAACUUCGGAGUUGCAAGGUGGAAGAAAGAGAAUUUUAUAGCGCACUCCUUCGAUUGUAUCCUAACACUUUCAAUGAUUUUUCACUUUCGAUCACCGAGUCAGGUAAACUUAGUGUAUUUGUCGAGUUGCUGGGAACGUUUCGGGAACAGGAAGAAAAAGUAGUUAUUGUCUCCAAUUUUACCCAGACUCUUGACGUCUUGGAGGAGCUCUGUAAAAUUCUGUAUUAUACUUUUUUACGCCUGGAUGGUUCAACUGAUGCGAAAAAAAGAAUGAAAAUUGUAGAAGAAUUCAAUUUAUCACCAAAUAAAAAUUGUGCAUUCUUGCUGAGUGCCAAAGCAGGUGGACUUGGCUUAAACCUUAUUGGUGCUAGUCGAAUGAUUUUGUUCGAUUCGGAUUGGAAUCCAGCUGUAGAUAUGCAAGCGAUGGCUCGUAUUUGGCGAGAAGGACAAGAAAGACCAUGCUAUAUUUAUCGACUUAUAGCGGGGGGUACUGUGGAUGAAAAGAUUCUGCAAAGACAAAUCAAAAAGAGCAGUCUUAGUACAGUAGUUGAGAUGGUACCAAUCGAAUCACUUACACAUUUUUCCGAUGAAGAACUGCAAGAUAUUUUUACACUUCAUGAUGAGGCCGAAUGUGAAACACAUUGUUUGUUGGAGUGUCAAUGCGACGGAUGCGGUCUUUUGCCGGAAGAACUCGAAGCAAAUGGAGACAUAAGUCCAGAUGAGAAUUCUAAAUCCAACCUGGACGUUGAAAGUGUCACUACACAUAGCGAAAGAAUGGAUGGCAAUGACGAUCCUACGUCAAUGCCGGAAGAUUCUGUGGAGUCCUUGAUACAAGAUUGCAACGAUUUUAUCUGUCCUACCAAUAAUGAAGUACUCGAAGAUGGAAGUGAAAAUAAAAUACCGGGAGGCGAAGCGGCAUUAUCAGCGAGCGUGUUGAUGGGAACAUUGAUGCGUUGGCAGCACUACUCACCAAGACACACAGAUCAAUUUGAAUUGAUGAAAACUGAGGCUGGUUUAGAGGACUGCUGCUUAGAUGAAGUUUCGUUCGUUAUGAAGCUGGUCUCGAAUUUCUGA